AACUUCCUCAAUUUUAACAAAAAAACUCUGAAGCUUAUCUUUUGUCAUCUUUAAUGCCAAUAUCACUGACAUCUGAAAUAAAACCAUGAUUAAGUAAAAUCUGUCCAUGGUGACACACCCACUUCUAAUAAGAUGUAAUAUUAAUUUGGAUGAAGCAGGUGUUACAAAGAAGUAGUGUUGGAUUGAAAUUGUGUUGGAGCAAAGAAUUUUGGUUGGCAAAAUAAGUAUAUCCAGGUAGGUUUAUCGUUUGUCCAUGAGAAUAAUGUUCCUUGACCCCUUUACAAAGUGAUAGUUUUGACACUCAAAAUGCGAAGUCCAAUUAUAGGACUUCCUGUAUAUUCUGCCUGAAAUUCAUCUUUGUGGAUGAAAUAGACAAAGAACAGUUUCUCUCUGUGUGAGUCUUCUCUGACUGCGAGGUCGUUAAACAGCCUGAGACCAUUCCUGUGGGACUGAAGUGUUGACGUGAGAGCAGCGGUGUUCUCUGGCUACAGCCCUUUGGCCACCACAGCUGCCUUUCAGUCCCUUGAAGUCCUGUUUGUUUUCUGUUUUGUCAGAGCGUGGUGUGUGGACUGGUCACUCGCCAGAGGUCGGCCGGGAGGAAGGAAGAGACAGACCACAAAAUGUCCAGUGGUCAGUCACACUCUCCGCCUGAGGAGAUUUUACCGUCUUCUUCUGGGUGUUUUAUGUAACAUUAUCUUAGCAUGUCAACUCUCACAGCUGGGCCAUUCUUCCACAUGUCAGACUACAUUUUAUAAUUAAACAGGUAAACAAAAUAUAAGCUGCAGUCAGCUGCUGGUUUGGAACACUUUCAACACUAUUGUUGAAACUGAAUGAGAGAAAACAGCCAUGUUUGUCGAUACAGUUUUAUAUUCAUUUGGUGUGAUCCAAUUUCCAUCACACAAGGGACAAUGUCAGCACAAAUGAUUUUUUUUACAAUGUCAGCAGCUGUGAAAAUGGGCUUUAUCGUCAGCAUCUGGGAGGGUAUGCAUGAUGGUAAUAAAAUAGGGGGAAGGUAAAAUGUUCAAUAUUGAAGAUAAACCAGGGUUAGAUGAAAAAGAAAAGACACCUAAGAAAAGACCAGCUGGGGAAGAAGCCACCACAGCAAAUUGACCAUCACAGCAAUCCUUUCACCCACGUCGUUUUUGCCGCCAGCAAGGCCCAAAGGUGAUGCUUAGGGAUGCAUGGGUACACAGCUAAACUGUCUCUGAAACAAAUGUGGGAAUUGGGAAGAAACCAGGAAACCAAGUGUGGAUUAUUUUUUCUUUUGCUCUUCCCAGCGAGGAUGUGUGACUAUAAAUAUAACUCUGUGUCUCUUGAGUGCUCACAAAGACUUUACUGGAUUUCACUAGACAGCUGUGUAAAAUCUGAACGGUACAGUUUUAAUCUUAGAGCAGGAGUAAGAUCUGGAAAAAAGAGUUAAUUCAAUCUUGAAAUUGUAUUUCUUUUUUCUUUGACAAUGCUUACUUUAAUAGGUAGUAACCAUGGAUGCUCUCUCUCAAUGGUAUUCGUACUGAGCUUGUCCCUCAUCCUCCUGCUGCAUCAUGGGUACUCAGAAGCUUCUGUGUACCACAUAAAAGGUAAGACUUCUUUUAUUAUCCUUUAGUAUGUGAAGUGGUGCAUCUCUGCUCCUGCUCGGUCCAUACUUGUUGUAUUCUUCCCGAGAAGGUACAAAUGAAUACUAUGUGACUUUUUGGACCUCUAGCCAAACCCCAGCUGGCUGACCACAGACAGUGUCCUCUAUUUCCUGACCUUGCGUUCAGCCCCGUGGGGCUCUUCACUGCAGAUCAGAGUGUUCCUAUUGAUCACAUCCACAAGGUGACUGAAAAAAUUCCCCAUGAGAAUAGCCUGCAGGGGAAAGAGGAUAAAUCAUUGUGAAUGCUAUAUGCAGCCCGACCUCUUGCUGCUAGACUCUUUGUACUUAGCCAUAUGGAUAUGCAUUUGUAAAAACAUGAAAACUUUUGUUGGAGCAUCUGGCAAGGGAUGAAAAUAGGUCAAUAUUUGAAGUUCAAAGAAAAAAAGGGGGAAGAUGGAGAACAAUAUAUGAGGUGGUCUGUAAUUCUAACCGAUAUUGAUAUGACACCAAAAAAAGAAACUGUGUUACUUUAAUGGCUACACACCAAGUUUCUGGUUGAAAGGAUAGGACAGCUUCAUCUUUUCAACAUCUGUCGAGGUUUCAUUUGCUUCCCAGUUUUCUACCAUUUAAGCUGUUCCACUUCCUCUUCCAAAGCCAGGUGUUCAAACUCUUGAGCACACACUGAACAUUUGGGCCAGUUUCAGUUUGAUGAAAACUGGAUCAAGCGCAUGCAGAUCAGAUUAGAAAGUACAAAAAUAAAACGCCAGAGAAAGCACUGGUGUGUCAUCAUUGUUGUGUGUUUCUGUCUCUCAGGCAUCUGUUCGUACAAAGACAAGUACUACAAAGCUGGAGAGUCUUUCCGGAGAGGCUGUGACAAGUGUUUCUGUCAUGACUUCGGUGCCUACUGCUUCACGUGAGUAGACUCUUCUCGCAUGCAGCCCUCUCCAUGUGGUUUCUGUUAUCAUAGCUGACAAAUGCUGCCCUUAGUUUAACUGGUCAUGCCUCUAUCCCCCUCUCUCUCUCCAGGCCAAUGAAGCCCACCUCCUGGCCCAGGAAGUGUCGUCGGGUCAGGGCAGAGUGUGGUUACACGGUGGUUUACAAAGAAGACCCACAGAAGCAGUGCCAAGCCUACAGCUGGAUAGGAUAAUAUAAUUUUCUAAUCCAUGCAUGAGUUUUUUGAUUAUGUAUAUAACGUGUUAUCCUAUAAUUUUAUUGUAUGUACAGCAGACUUUGCUUUGAGAAAGUAUAGUAAUACUGUUGAGGUAGUAUGACUGAGUUGUGCUUUGUACAUGACUUACUGGAGAUUUGCACUGAAACAUAUCUGGUUUAAUUUUCUAAAAGCUGAACAAUAAAGUGACUGAAAAACAAAGAGAAA